UGUGGAUUGAAUGUCAUUGCUGUGCAGUCCACUGAUGCAAUUCCAGUAGGAGCUGCUCUCAAGUAUUUCAGUUGGCCCCUCACAACCUAUUUUCACCUGCACACACAAAACGCUGCUGAAGAUGUUUUCCCUUACCCAGAAAUUAGCAAUGAAGAACUAGAGGAGAUCAACCAGUUUGUGGGACCUGUAGAAAAAUUCUUCAAUGAAGAAGUGGACUCUAAGAAGAUUGAUCAGGAUGCAAAAAUCCCACCCGAAACGUUAAAAGGACUGAAGGACCUGGGUCUCUUUGGCAUCCAGAUACCAGAGGAAUAUGGUGGGCUGGGGCUAUCAAACACCAUGUAUGCACGUCUGGGAGAAAUCACUUCUUUAGAUGGAUCUAUUGCAGUCACUCUGGCAGCUCACCAAGCUAUUGGGCUCAAGGGAAUCCUCAUUGCUGGCACUGAUGAACAGAAAGCAAAGUACCUGCCUAGGCUGGCAUCUGGGGAGUACAUUGCAGCUUUUUGUCUCACUGAGCCUGGAAGUGGGAGUGAUGCUGCGUCCAUCCAGACAAGAGCAACCCUCAGUGAAGAUGGGAAAUACUUCCUGUUAAAUGGCUCAAAGGUCUGGAUAUCAAACGGUGGCCUUGCGGAUAUUUUCACUGUAUUUGCCAGGACAGAGGUUGUUGAUAAAGAUGGACAACUGAAAGACAAAAUUACUGCGUUCAUCGUAGAGCGGGAUUUUGGUGGAGUCACCCAUGGGAAACCUGAGGAUAAAUUAGGCAUUCGAGGAUCCAACACCUGUGAAGUACAUUUUGAAAACACCAAAGUGCCUAUUGAGAAUGUAAUUGGAGAAGUAGGAGGGGGAUUUAAGGUAAGCAGUGAAUGA